AUGCGUUUCACAAGCUUUCUCGCCGCUUCGGCCUCGCUCUUCGCCGUCGUCUAUGCCAACGCGCCUCUGGCCUUUACUGCUUGGCCGAGUGAUAUCCAAGCUGGCAAGCCUGUGACACUCACAUGGGAAGGUGGCGCUCCGGACCAGCCCGUCACGUUGAUGCUUCGUAAGGGAGCUUCUACAGACCUUCAAGAUGUGCAGAUUAUUACCGCCCAGGGCAGAGAUGGCACUUUCACCUGGACACCCGGUGACAACGUCAAGGCUGGAGAAGACUAUGCUUUCCAGAUCACCCAAGGGGGCGAGCGGAACUACUCUGCCCUACUCAAGGCUGGGCCUCCGGUCAAUCCUGAAGCUGCCGUUCAAUCUACCACUCGAACAACCAUGGCCACCGGCAUGACCACAGGGUUGACCACUGAUAUGACUCGAGGCUUUACUACUGCCACCAACACUGCCGCAACCACUAUGACCCAGCAACAGUCAGUUGAGACCGGAACUAUUUCCAAAGCUUCUGCCACGAACGGGACCGCCCCUCAAACCAGUGCCACUACAAGCAAGCCUUUGAUCAGCAUGCAAACAGCAAAAUAUCCAUCCAGCAGCAUGUUCGCUUCUAUGACUGCGACCAAUGCCUCUGCAUCACAGACUGUGCAGUCAAGUUUCAUGGAGCCUCACGCUUCAGAGACUGGUGUCAUCCAGAGUAACAAUGCUUCACCCCUAGCAUCCUACUCGAAGCUGGCCAUGAGUGCCAUGGGAAUGCUCGCCGUCUACCUUGCUCAGUAA